AUGCCAAACGGUUCAUUUGCAGUCAAGGAAUUUUGUGUCACCAAGAUUACUAAUGGAUAUCAAUUCAAUGGUGUUAAUGAGUGUGACUAUCAUUUAUUUAAGCCUCCAAUGAUGAUUACUAGUGCAUCUGUUAUUAAGCAAAACUGGACUAUAAUGCACGUCGUAAUUAGCUGGGAUGUCGAUUAUUAUGGCCAAUUAACAACAAUAGACAAAAAAAUAAUAAACAGCAUCAGCCAAUCCAACACUGACUUAUUAGUAGCUACGACCAAAGGAAGUAGGCACAAAGUGAACAAAACCAUUGACCUUGAGCAUCCGCAAUCCACCAGGACACUCAAGUACUCAAUGGCAAUCCCAAAAUGCGACAGAGAAGACUUCCAUCGUCUAAACAUACAAAAAUACUGGUGGCUAAAUGGAGCCACAUACAUGGACAAGCUGAACAGCAGGAUGAAAAGUGGCUACAAAAUGAAACAACAAGAUCGACAGCGAAAGAAUUUGCUACCAACAAGAUUCGAGGUGCCAAACUAA